AUGACAGAAGCGAAUCCAGCCUUUGUAUUACGGGAGCUGAAAAAGGUCACCUUUGAGGACCGACAAGUCCCCAAACUCGACGACCCUCACGACGUCCGGGUCCACAUUGAACAGACGGGCAUCUGUGGCAGCGACGUACACUACUGGCAACGCGGUCGCAUCGGCGACUUUGUUCUCACGAGUCCCAUCGUUCUAGGUCACGAGAGUGCCGGCGUCGUCGUCGAGACCGGGUCCAAAGUCGAGAAUGUCCGAGUAGGCGACCGAGUGGCGAUAGAGCCUGGCGUUCCCUGUCGACGAUGCGACUUUUGCCGAUCUGGCUCCUACAACCUAUGCGAGGACACCGUCUUUGCAGCCACACCUCCCCAUGACGGUACUCUGCAGAAGUACUACACGGUGGCCUCGGACUACGUGUAUCCCAUUCCGGACCACAUGUCUUCCGAGGAUGGAGCUCUGGUGGAGCCUGUAUCUGUUGCUGUGCAGAUCGUCAAGGUAUCGGACCUCCGCGCAGGCCAGACGGUCCUCGUUUUCGGCUGUGGACCUAUCGGGGUGCUCUGUCAAGCUGUCGCCAAGGCUUCAGGCGCGGCCAAGGUCAUCGGCGUGGAUAUUUCCGAGGCGAGGGCGCAGUUUGCCCGCGAUUUCACAGCCGACGGUGUUUUUCUGAACAAUGCCGAGCCGACGGCCGGUGCUGACCCCGUCGAUGCAGCCAGAGAGGUGGCCGAGAAGAUUGUGGCAGACUACGGCUUAGGUCUCGGUGCCGAUGUCGUCCUCGAGUGCACCGGUGCCGAGCCUUGCAUACAGGCCGGGGUGUUUGCGGCAAAGAAGGGCGGCACCUACGUCCAGGCUGGCAUGGGAAAGGAAAAUGUAGUCUUCCCAAUUACAGCGGCCUGUAUCCGGGCCCUGACGAUCAAGGGGUCCAUUCGGUAUUCCGCUGGAUGUUAUCCCGAAGCUGUGAGGCUGAUCUCGGCCGGAAAGAUUCAGCCCAGCAAGCUCAUCACCCACAGGUUCGCCUUUACCCAGGCUGAGGAGGCUUUUGAAAUAGUCAAGCAGGCGGCUGAGAAUACAUUGAAGGUGAUAAUAAAGGGUGUACCUAGAUAG